CUUUUCAUUUUGUCUUUCCUGCCAGGUAAAGAUGGGAACAGGUGCUUCCUUCCAUCUUCCCCUUCUGUUCUUCCUGGUCAUCUCCUUUCUGCAAGCAAGCUCAGCAGGUUCUUCCUGCCCCACCGGUUGGAUGUUCUUUGAGAAAAGCUGCUACGGACUCUUCAUCCAGGUUCCCCUGAACUUUAAAGAGGCAGAGGAGCAGUGCCAAUCUUCUGGGGGAAAUAGCCACCUGGCCUCCAUCAUGAAUGCUCAAGAAAUGUCUAUAGUGGCUGCAUAUGUCAAAGACCUCUAUAAAGCUGGGAAACCUGUCUGGAUUGGACUGCACUCCUACGACCUUCGGAAGAGCAAAGCAUGGAAAUGGACCGAUUCCUCCGUAAUCUCCUAUCACAAUUGGGCACCUGGGCAGCCCUCACAAGCUAAUGGGGAUGAGCUGUGUGUCGAGCUGAUGGCAGAAGAUUAUUUAACAUGGAAAGCUGCGCCAUGUACAGGGAAGCAUGCCUUCCUGUGCAGAACUCCUUUGGAGAAGAAACGUUAAAUCAGGAUUUCAACAUGUCCAGAAUCAUGGAGAAAUGGAAAUGUCCCAGAGGAGAGGUGCUUCCCUCCCAACGGCACAAGUCACCCAGUGUCCUGGCCCUCCAGAGUGCCUGAGGUUAAAUGUCGUCUGUUCUGGGCUGGGUUGAUACAAAUAAACUCUCUCUUCUGAGUACA